AUGAAGAAGAUUUUACAUGCAGCAAAGUGUAUAACUGAAGCAGGAUUAGAGAUAGAAAAGAUUCUGAUGGUUGAAACAUAUUCUAUUAGCAGCAUGUAUAAUCAAUUACGAGGAGACUUUACAAAUAAAAGCUGGAAAAGAUUGAUUUGUAACAGUAAAGGGUGCCCAAAGUGGAUCUUCAUUAUGUAUCUAGCACUACAGGAGAGACUAUCUACCAAAGACAGAAUGAGCAAAUGGGGGAUACAAGUGGAGCAAACCUGUCCAUUGUGUGAGCAAGAGAUGGAGAGUCAUCAACAUCUCUUCUUCUCCUGCAAGUACUCGACAGAGAUAUGGAGUAAGAUACUGACAUGGCUGGGAAUAACAAGACAAGUGUAUAGCUGGAAAGAUGAAGUUGAAUGGGCUACAAGAAAUAUAACUGGGAAGGGAGCUAAAACAGAACUAUACAGGUUAAGCGUGGCUGGUGCAAUAUAUCAUGUAUGGAUUGAAAGAAACUGCAAAAUUUUUCAAUAA